CUGUAAUUAUGGUAAUAUUUUGUUCCAUCAUCACCAUCUACUCAGCGCCCUCCCUUUCUUCUUCGCACUGUAAAAUUCCAUUUCCGUUCUCUUCUCUGCUAUCUCUUCUUUCAUAUAUCGCGCAAAUCUGCUCAUCUAAAUCGCUGGGCUGGAUUUUCCGCCGCAACUGAAUAGUGUUUGAUGAAGCCUCCUUGGAUCAUUUGAUUCGUGCUGGAUAUCACCAAGUCUUUCUGUUGAGCACAUUGUCUCUUAUCUGCACUGAAAAUGGAUGCUUCUGAGAUUGAGGAAAGUUUAAUUGCCAUUGGCGAGCCAAAGUUACAUGUGGAAAUGUGCAAGAGCCUAUGCGGCGUGUAUGUGAAAGUGUUGGCAAUAUUUCCUGAGCUAGAAGCAGCUCGUCCGCGGAGUACCUCCGGCAUUCAGGCGCUGUGUACGCUGCACAUAGCAUUAGAGAAGACCAAGAAUGUUCUUCAGCACUGUGCAGAAUGCAGUAAGCUAUACCUGGCAAUCACCGGAGAUUCUGUUGUUCUGAAAUUUGACAAGGCACGAUGUGCUCUUGAAGAUAGUUUAAGGAGGGUUGAAGAUAUUGUUCCACAACCUACCAGGGAUCAGAUUGGUGAGAUCUUGGGCGAGCUUAGCGGAAUUGAGUUUUCACUUGAUCCAUUGGACAAGCAGAUCGGGGAUGAGAUCAUUGCGUUGCUCCAACAAGGGAAGAACUUCAACACCUCCAACGACAGCAACGAGCUCGAAUCUUUUCACCAAGCGGCAGGUAAACUUGGAAUCACCUCUUCGCGAGCAGCACUGCGAGAGAGACGAGCUCUGAAAAAGCUCAUCGAAAGAGCACGAGCAGAGGAAGACAAACGGAAGGAGUCCAUUGUUGCUUAUCUUCUGCAUCUCAUGAAAAAGUACUCAAAGCUGUUCAGAAGUGAUUUCUCAGAUGACAACGAUUCGCAGGGGUCCACGCCUUGUUCCCCUACAGUCCAGGGAUCUUUCGACGAUGGCAUCACGCUCGGGCGUAAUGGCUGUGCUUUUGACCGGCAGCUGUCGAAGCUCAGUUCUUUCAACUUCAAGCCACACUUGAGGCGAUCUGAGGCGACGUCUGUCCCUCCGGAAGAACUGAGGUGUCCAAUAUCAUUGCAACUCAUGUUUGAUCCGGUUAUUAUCGCGUCUGGCCAAACGUACGAGAGGGUGUGCAUCGAGAAAUGGUUCAACGAUGGGCACAAGACUUGUCCCAAGACUCAACAGCAGCUCCCUCAUCUGAAUCUAACUCCCAACUAUUGUGUUAAGGGCCUGGUGGCCAGUUGGUGUGAACAGAACGGCGCUCCUGUUCCGGACGGGCCACCCGAGUCACUCGAUCUUAACUACUGGAGACUAGUCUUGUCUGAAAGCGAAUCAGCGAAUUCAAAGUUGGUAGAAAACAAGUUCAAGGGUGUCAAGGUGGUUCCUUUGAAUGAAAAUGAGAAUGGCACCAUUGCAGAGGCUGAAGGGAACGAAGAGGAGGCGGCCUCAUCGCAGGGGGAUGAUCAAGAUUACGAACCUCAGGCCUUCGACAAGUAUGGAACCUUCUUGAGAAUUCUAGAGGAAGACGGCGACCUGAUGAAGAAAUGUCAAGUUGUUGAACAAUUAAGGCACGUGCUGAAGGAUGACGAGGAAGCCCGAAUUUACAUGGGGGCCAAUGGUUUUGUCGAAGCAUUGCUGCGCUUUCUGGAAUCCGCCGUCUCUGCCAGGAACAGCAUUGCUCAGGAAAUCGGUGCCAUGGCUCUGUUCAACCUCGCUGUAAAUAACAACAGGAACAAAGAAGUGAUGAUGGCAUCAGGAGUGCUUCCGAUCCUUCAAAAAAUGAGCGCCGGCAGUGAUUCCGUAGGACCGGCCGCGGCACUUUACCUGAACCUAUCCUGCCUGGAGGACGCCAGGCCGGUACUAGGAACUUCCGAGGCUGUCCCUUUCUUGAUCUGGAUACUUAAGAAGGAGGCCGACGAGCAAAGCAAGAUGGACGCGCUCCAUGCACUCUACAACAUCGUGAGCCAUCCCUCGACCAUUCCCCAACUUCUGUCGGGCGGGAUCAUAGACGGCCUCCAAGCGCUGAUGACUCAUCCCAGCGACCACAAAUGGACGGAGAAGUGCAUCGCCGUGCUCGUCUUCUUAGCCUCGAGCCACACCGCAAAAGAUGAGAUCACCAAGGCGCCCGGCCUGAUCAGCGCCAUCGCCACCAUCCUCGACGUCGGCGAGCCUGUCGAGAAAGAGCAGGCCGCAGCGCUGCUGCUCAUCCUAUGCAAUGCCAAUGAGACUUGCAGCCAAAUGGUCCUUCAAGAAGGGGUAAUCCCAGCGCUCGUUUCCAUAUCUGUAAACGGGACCCCGAGAGGCAAGCAGAAAGCGCAGAAGCUUCUGAUGCUGUUCCGAGAGCAGCGACAGCGCGAUCCUUCGUCCUCCCCCUCCCCCGCCCCCGCCCCCACUCUGCCACGCUCUGAGAGCACUCCGCCGGAGGUCCACCACGUCGAAGAACCAAAGCCAUUGGCCAAGUCCGCGUCGCGCAGAAAGGUAGGCAAGGCAUUGACCUUCUGGAAGAAAAACAAGAGUUUCUCUAUAUACCAGUGCUGAAAAUUCUCCGGUCUCAUCCGAUCUUUGGGGUUUUGCUUCGCCUUCCUUCCGUUUCCAGGAGUGUUGAUGAUAGAGGCGAUGAAUCUGCUGCGGCACUCGCUGCAGUGCACAAGCUAAGCUAGGGUUAUUGAGAUCAUAUUGUAAGUUCUUCAUAGAAAGAUCAUAUCCUUGUGUUGCAGAAAAGAUUAGUCAGAGUUAUAGCUCCUGUAUAGUCAACGCCGCCUGUAAAUGAUUGAAUUCUGCCGUGUUUCGAUGUAAGCCAUAUAUAUUUCGAGCUCCUAAUUUGCGCCGCUGCUGCGCAUGCAUACUGUAGGUAGGAGACUACGGCAGUGUUGUUUUUUGGCAGUUGCAUUCGGUUUCUAUUACAACCUAUACCUUCUGAUC